CUCUUUAGCAUCAACAUAGUUAAAAUGGCAGAAACCAAGGUAACACUAAAGCUUUUGAUAGAUACAAAGAGAAAUCGAGUCCUCUUUGCGGAAGCAGACAAGAAAUUUGUUGAUUUCCUCUUUAGCAUUUUCACUCUGCCGAUUGGAACUGUCACCAAGCUCUUACAAAAGCAAAACAUGCCAGGUUCCUUGCAUAGCCUGUACGAGAGCAUAGAGAAUUUGAGUGAUACUUACAUUCAGCCAGGCCAAGACAAAGACUUUCUGCUAAACCCAAAAGUUGCCAAUAUUUCUGGUGCUAAAGCUCCUCUCCUCUUGCCAAGCGUUGAGCAUUCAUAUUCAGGGAAAAUUUAUAAGUGUACAUGCAAGUGGAACAACUGUCCUUACGUGUCUAAUGACCGGAGAGCAAUUUGUCCUUCAACCAGGAAGAAGUCAUUGACCUGGGAGCUAAGGUACGUAGACCCACCAUCCUCCUCUAAUGAGGAAGCUGGUUUCGUGAAAGGGUUGAUUACUUACAUGGUGAUGGAUGAUCUUGUCGUGAAGCCCUUGUCCGCCAUCUCUGGUAUCACUGGCGUCAAGGACGUAGAGGCUAUCGAGGAGAAAGUGGUCGAUUUAGGUUUGGAUGAGGGUGUGAAAUUGCUCAAGGCUUCUCUGCAAUCAAAGACUGUUUUGACUGAUGUCUUCCUUUGGACAGAGACCACUGGAACUGGACUUUGUCUUUCUCCAUCUUCAAUAGUUAAUUAUCUAUAAAAUUAAUCAUCUGUGGGACUUUUUAUUUUUAUUUUUUGUAAUCAUGUUUACUGCUUCCUUUAUCCCGGAGGACUGUAAUAUUCAAUGAUAUUGUAAAACAUGGUGUGGCAAUAUGCCUCCUUAAAUAUUUUAUAUGUAAA